GCUCGUAUUGUCGGUAAUACUGCGCCAAGGGCAACGAGCCGCACGACGCAUCUCCCGGCCUUGGAACGAUCGACAGGCGUCCAGCCACAGCCUCGUGCUACCUGCAUCAUACAGCCGCAGCUUGAUACAUCUCGUGCAUAGCGCUAUAGUGAAUCAUUUGCCGUUGUUCAAGAUGAGUUUCAAAGCAAAAGACCUGCAUUUUGACAACUCACAGCCUGCUUUUCUGCAGAGGCUUCGAGGUCAGAUGCAGGGUGAAGACCCAUCACGCCAUGAACGCCCAAUCCAAAGAAACAAGAGGAUGAAGCAGGAUGACGAGGACGACGCCCCUACAUAUGUACUAGAAGACACCAACCAGUCAAUGAGUAAGGAAGAGUACGAAGCUUUCGUCGCAAAGGACGACUCCAAAGAGGACACCGAGCAAGAUGUCACAGAAUCAGGCAAGGAUGGCGAGUCCAAGUCCAAGGAUAAGAUCACAGAAGUCGGAGCGAAUGCGAAGAAGCGAAAAGCUGCCAAGAUCAUCGGUGAUGAGCAAGCCGAUAGCAAGGAGCAGCCUAAAGGCGCAAAGGAGGCAGAGAAGAAAUCCGUGAAGAAGCCGAAGAAAAAAGCCAAGGCCGUCAAGCUCACCUUUGGUGACGAAGAGGAGGGAUGAAGUGGCUUUCUCAAGCAACUCGGCCUCUCUAUCGGCGCACUCUACGCAUCUGCAUCUGUACAACGUUGCGUUGUCUCCCUUGAUCGCAAGCUGAUCCAGUUUGACCAACGAUUCUGUAACACACCACUAGCAACCAGAGGUGUUCUUUGAGCGUUGCCGCAUGAUUUCUGUGCGCGACACACUCGUCUUUCUCGAGCGCAUCUCUGGAAAUUAAGACGUGACCAUCGCUAGGGUUGCAUGCAACGCCGCCAGGAUUGAAUGGCAAGCUUGUAUCAAAUCAUCUGCGCCACAGGUCUCGGAAAAUUAGCGGCUUCAGUAGCAUGAAUGAAACAUCUGCGAACAAACGCAACACUGAACGCAUCUCAUGCCUCAGCCAUCGGAACCGUCGGACCACGCUCGGAACUUAGCGCAGUCGUUAGCGUGCUGCAACUCCAUGCAUUGAGGUGAAACACAGACCUCC